GUUGCGAUAAAAAUCUUGUCUUACAUAGUAAGACCUUUAUACUAUCAGCGCCUUGGAGCUUUGACUUGCUCAAUAAUUGCCUAGUUGUCCGUCUUUGAGCAGGCAGCGAAAACAAUGGCGACUAAUGAACAGGAAAGGGCGUCCUCGCGGGAGUUUUGGAUGCAGGCGGCUAUAACCUAUGGCUAUAUCUUCCUCUGGAUCUUCCUGUCGGCGAUGGUGAUUAUGGUCAACAAAUACGUGCUGACUUACGCUGGGUUUCCUUUCCCAAUUUCUCUCACACUUACUCACAUGGCGUUCUGCUCUACCCUAGCGUUCGUCCUUAUCAAAGCGGGCGUUGUUGAAACAGCCCAUAUGGACCGAUCGACCUACGUGAGGAACGUUGUCCCCAUCGCGGCGCUCUUCUCAGGCACGCUGUGGCUGGGUAAUGCAGCGUACCUCUAUCUGUCCGUCGCCUUUAUCCAGAUGUUGAAGGCAACGAUGCCUGUCACCGUCUUCCUAGUGGGUGUUUUGCUAGGCACGGAAAAGUACUCGGCCCUCUAUGCAGCCAACAUGGUUGUGGUCGCUGUGGGUGUGGCGGCGGCAUCUUAUGGGGAGCUCAACUUCAACGUGCUGGGUGUUCUCUUCCAGGCCGGGUCCAUCGUGACCGAGUCUUUCCGCCUGUGCCUGGUGCAGCUGCUGCUGCAGGCUCGCGGCAUCAAGCUUAACCCCGUGACGACGCUCUACUACAUCGCGCCCGCGUGCUUUGCAUUCCUGUGCCUCCCCUUCUCGGUCGUGGAGCUGCCCAAGAUGCUGAAAACGCAGGAGGCCUGGCAGGUUCCCAGCGGCUGGCUGCUGCUCAGCGCCGUGAGCGCAUUCGCUCUGAACAUGUCGGUGUUCCUGCUCAUUGGGCGGAGCUCGGCCCUCACCAUGAACAUCGCCGGCGUCAUCAAAGACUGGCUGCUCAUCCUGCUGUCCGUGACCCUCUACGGGUCGCCUGUGACCUCGCUCCAGCUGUGCGGCUACGGUGUUGCCUUCCUGGGUGUCUGCUGGUACAACUACCAGAAGCUGCAGGGCGCCCGUCAGCAGCCUGCACCUGCGCGCCCCCUCGAUGUGGAAAAGCAGGCCCUGCUGUCCCCCACUCAACGCGGCGGUCGCGAGUAAGCUGACGGUUAUAAUGGUCACCGGACGUUAUUGUCUUGGUUAACGGCAUAGCGCAUGGAAGCAUGUAACGUGUGCGGAACUUAAUACCAUGACGGCAUGGAAUCCGGACACGAAGAACAACAGGAAUUUGUCGUAUCCAGGUCAAGUGAUCUUUACAACCUGGCGCGUACAAGUGUGCAUACCGUUGGUUAUCUUACAGGUGUUUAUGGAUGAGGUGAGACUUGCAACUAUACUAGGUGUUGUGGCGCUGCUGAUGGCUGUCACAUUGGGCAGUCUGUUUUUGUUUCCGGCGAUGGCAUGAUAUGGAUCUCUCUUGUAGCUGUGUGCCCUGGCUGAAUUCUCCCGGGGCUGAGUAAAGUGCGAAGUACUUGUUGCUCUCCGUAAUUGUAUAGAGUACAUGAACAGGCAUAACCCAUCUCUCGCUACGAGACAAGGUGGUGCUUUUCCCUAGUGUUUAUGGUAGAACAACGGUUGGUGAUUUUACUUGUUCACAAGGCGGGCUGGCAUGUGCCCUGCUUGUCUUGUCUUGGGGAUGCUGAACCUGGAUGCUAAAUCUCCCAUGCGGUCUGGUGUUUACGAGUCCGUAGCUUUAUGUAAGUAUGUAACUGGAGGCAUCCGUUUGACAUUAUGCUUGAAAGCUUCCAGUGUGGAACGUAGGCGGCAGUACCCUCCUGGGAAUUGUCAGCUCACGCUUAUGCAAAGUCAGUGCAUGUGAAUUUCAUACUUAACG